CGGACCCGGACUCCCCCCAGGGGCCAGCUGAGUCCCAGAGGACCCACGACCGACCCAGUGUUGCCUCGGGUCGGUGCCAUGGACGCCUUCAUCCGCUUCACCAACCAGACCCAAGGUCGGGACCGACUCUUCAGAGCCACUCAAUACACAUGCAUGUUGCUUAGAUAUUUGUUAGAGCCUAAAGCUGGCAAAGAGAAGGUGGUAAUGAAGCUCAAGAAAUUGGAGUCCAGUGUGAGCACUGGGCGUAAAUGGUUCCGAUUAGGCAAUGUGGUACAUGCUGUCCAGUCGACUGAGCAGAGCAUUCAUGCCACCGACCCAGUGCCCCGCUUAUGCUUAACAUUAGCCAACUUGAACCGUGUGGUUUAUUUCAUCUGUGACACCAUUCUCUGGGUGAGGAGUGUGGGUCUCACCAUGAGCAUCAACAAAGAGAAAUGGCAAACAUGGGCCACCCGCCACUACUACUACUUUCUCCUGCUGAGCCUGGUCAGGGAUCUGUAUGAAAUCUCCCUGCAGAUGGGACGGCUUGCACAUGACAGGGCAACAAGAGAGAAGUCAUCCCAGAAUCCUUUUGGGUACAGCUUGGCUGAUGAAGAAACAAAAUGGCUUCAGUCCUUCCUCCUUCUUUUAUUCCGAUCUCUGAAGCAGCAUCCUCCCUUGCUUCUGGACACAGUGAAGAACUUAUGUGACAUCCUGAUCCCCUUGGACCAGAUGGGGAUCUAUAGGUCCAACCCAGGCAUCAUUGGGCUUGGAGGUCUUGUAUCCUCUGUGGCAGGUAUCAUCACUGUGGCCUAUCCUCAGAUGAAGCUGAAGAUCCUCUAGGGUGUUGGUAGGCUCAGGACCAGUGACUGUUUAAAGAAGACAUCUUCAUGAAACAUUUACAUCAGUCACAAAUCAUGUCAUAUCAUGCUUAUGUUUUUUGUUCACAUGAAUAUUUAUGACCUGUAAUGUGAGCUGAGGUGGGGCCAAAAAUGGAGCAUGAAGAUUUAUGGUGUUUUUAGAGUGCUGGAAUGACUUCUGAAUUUCUGAAUAUUUUCCAUUCACCUAACAUUUACUGAGCAUCUCUUAUGUGCAUAGUAGGCGCUUAGCAUUUGCCACACGAAUAAAAAUUGAAAGGAAAAAAUUGAAAAAGACCCGAUAAAACUAAUAAGUGAACACUAAUAUACGUAUAGAUUGGGUUAUAUGGAUUAUUGGUUUCACAUGAUUGUCAUAGAUCUGAUGCACAGCACCUUCAGAUUUGAUAGCUAUCCGCUUCUAUCAGCUAUACCUGCCUCCAAGAUUGUCAGUAGCAGGAUGGAGGGGAGCUGGGCUGAAAGCCUCCUCACCUGUUGGCCUUGACCAUCAUUGUACUUUUUUAAAAAAAUAUAUUUUUAGUCGUAGAUGGACACAAUAACCUUUAUUUUAUUUUAUUUUUUUCAUGUGGUGCUGAGGAUCAAACCCAGUGCCUCACAUGUGGUAGGCAAGUGCUCUACCACUGAGCUACAGCCCCAAACAACCCCAUCACUGUAUUUUUGUCCUUUUGUUCAUAAGUAGAAUCAGAAACAUAUCAGGCACCUUCUUUGUGUAAAUAUGUCUGUGGGUAGAACCCUUUAAUAAUGCAGUGAGUAAGCAGAAAUCAGAAGUAAACAAAAGAGAAAAAUAGGUGGAAGGUCACAUCCUGCCUAUUAUGUAGAUUGUGACAGAUAAGAAAAUUGACCCUGAAAAAAGCAAAUAAAACCUGGGUCAGGACAUUCCUUUGACCUUCUAGUGUGAGUUCUGUGACAACUCACUGCCUUCAUGAUUGAGUACAAGUAUGAGACUCCAGAAUCCUGUGCUUUUGACCUCUACCCUUCUCAAAUUUGGAACUUUUGAUGAUGGUUUAUAUUUUGUCCUACAAAACUAAAGCUACCUAGACUUGUCAUCCAGAUUAUUUUAUUUAAAACCAUGUAACAGUUUGGGCAAUUUCACAUUAAUUUUCAUCAAAAUGUAUGCAGUCUAAAAUUUUGUGACUAUUCUUGUGAAUGUAGGAAAACCAUAAUUUUCUUAGAUCUUAGGGUCAUUGAGGGAGCAGUAAGGGGCCAAUAAAGAGGACACAGAAGCAUUUACUUGUGUUCCUACUUAUUUAUAAAUAAUAAGUUAACUUAUUUGUAAAUCCAGGUCCUUUAGUUUGAGGGAAGAGAAGUGGAGAGAUAGGGUGCCAGUAGGUAGGAGGCCAACACUAAAGUAAAGCCAUGUCAUUUAUCUGAAUGGAAAUCAGAAAAAUAUGCACUGAGUAAGGUUCCCAUAAAUGUGAUCGAGUUUUUUGAAAAGUAGACCCUGGUCCUUGGCGCUCUGUUAUUCGUGUGUGUGUGUGUGUGUGUGUGUGUGUGUGUGUGUGUGUGUAGUAGGGCAGGGGUGCUAGGGAUUGAUCCAUCCUAGGGUCUUGCACAUCUUGGGCAAGCACUCUACCAGUGAGUCACAUCCCCAGCCCUUUUUAAAAUUUUGAGCAGUGUCUUACUGACUUGCCCAGGCUAGCCUCAAACUUUUGAUUCUCCUUCCUCAGCCUCCCAAAUAGAGAUUACAAAUGUGUACCAGUGCACCCAGUGACUGGCUGUUUUUAAUCUGAUCAGUCAAGAUAAGAGAUUUGAGCUGGGUAUGGUGGUGCCCACCUGUAAUCCCAGCAGCUCAGGAGACUGAGGCAGGAGAAUCACAAGUUCAAGGCCAGCCUAGGCAAUUUAGUGAGGCCCUAAGCAACUUAGAAUCUGCCUCAAAAUGUGGCUCAGUGGUUAAGUGCCCCUGGGUUCAGCCCUCGGUGCCAAUAAAUAAAUAAAUAAAGGAAGUUUGACAAAGAAUAUUUUGGGAGUUUUAAGAGAAAUGAAAGCUGCUAAAGCAGGGCAAAUAAAAAAGUUUAAAUAACUGUUUUUUAAUCUUGUCCAGAUUCCCUGCUGUAAGAGAUUAAUUAUGCCAAAUAAAUUUCUAGACAAAACUGA